CUUGUCCCCCUCGAGCGAUAAGACUACACAACUCCACGCGUCCCAGUCCCUCCAUCUACCUCACGCGAGUCCAUCCCACCCCACCAUACACUACACAUCUGCAUAAUUGCAGUCGACUUUCCUACUGCAAUGGAAGACCCAACACCCGUCGUGCCCGUGCCCCAUAAACGCCCGCUUGAAGACGAGGUCGAGCCACCCGUCUCAACACCAACCAAGUCAAUACGAUCUGAGGCUUCUACACCGUUGUCUGUCAUAUCCAAUAUUCAGACGCCAUCGCCGUUCAAGAAUGUUACACCCCACACAACAGCACCGGACAAUAGCAGCGCUUCUGCUGUUGGCAAUGCUACCCCCACCCCGAACACACAGCAAUCAUCCAAGCGACGAAAAUUGACACAGAAAGAAAAGGAAGACCAACGUCUUGAGAAAGAAGCAAAGGCUAAAGCUCGUGAUGAGAAGAAGGCUCAGAAAGAAGCCGAGGACAAGCUGAAGGCUGAGCAGAAGGCGCAGAAGGAGGACGAGAAACGGUUGAAAGAGGAGGAGAAGCAGAAAGCCCAACGAGAACGAGACGAGAAGAAGCGCCAGAAGGAGGAAGAGCAACAGCAGAAAGAGGAAGAGAAGGCUAAGAAAGAGCGGUCACAAAUGAAGUUGAACGCUUUUUUCGUGAAGCCAAAAACUACAAGUGCUAGUGGGGGACAAGCUGUGGUAGAUUCAAUUCCGAACCCUACCGCACCACCCGUAUCAUUAUUACCAGACAUCCCUGGAACCACUACUAAUUCAGUGCCUCCCUCUCCGCAGAAGAUGAUCGUUAGGAACGCUCAGUCAGACUAUGACCGAUACUUCCUACCAUUUUCGCUGCCUGCGCACGCCAUAAUUGCGCCCAGGAAUGCGCUGAUGACAGAUCCGGCCAAGGUGGAAGCUGCUAGGACACGACUCGACAGCCUCAUUGCGCAAGAGAAUGUUUGCAUGGAGCCCAUAACCCCGAAGAUACUGAAGUCUACAUUUCCCGCAUAUGUCCGUCGGGGUAUGAGGGGUGCAUCGGCCGCCGAGGUCUUCGAUUGCGUUCACGGGUCCUCCAACCAACCGGACGUCAGUUCACGGCAGCCACUCGAUAUGCUGAAGACCAUUCCCAUGAAGUAUAUACAUUUUGGCGAGGACGUACGCCCGCCAUAUUACGGAACCUACACGCACACAUACACCGACGCGGAAGCUUCAAGACUGGCCCGCAACCCACACUCGAGGCUGCGCCAGGACACUAACUACGACUAUGAUUCCGAAGCUGAAUGGGACGAACCUGAAGAAGGCGAGGAUCUUGACUCGGAGGGCGAGGACGAUGCCGACGAAGAAGGAGAGGAUGACAUGGACGGCUUUCUCGACGACGAAGAAGACCCACAAGCCAGAAGGCGACACAUCAGUGGUGACCUGGUGCCCGUCAGUACAGGUCUGUGCUGGGAGGAUGAACACGGCGUGUCUAGGUUGAACGACGGGUCAGAAGCGAUUUGCACCGACUUUAGAGAAUUUCAGAUGGGAUUCUUGCUCCAACCACAACCUCACUCCAUCGAUCCGUUCUCCACAGCGUAUUGGACCCCUGAGCCCGCUGCCAUCACAACAACCCUCAUAGCCCCAAGCAAAGACGCCACCAGCAACGGCCUCAUGAACCCCCCUCGAGCCCCACUCGCACAACGCACAAUGAACGGCCUCCUCAACACGCUCAACCCCCCACAAACCCCACCCGCUAGCACUACAUCAAAAGCCGUAAAAGCCAAGCGCCUCAUCCCAGCCGACCAACUCCCGGCUUUCAAGGCAGAAGUCGAAGGCAAAGACCUGACUAAAAUCGGCAUGAUCGAAGCCCUGAAAAAAGCUUUUCCCAAACUGCCAAAAGACGCCAUCGCAAACACGCUUAGUAGCGUUGCUGCGCGUGUUGGCCCGACGGAGAAGGAAAAGCGAUGGGUUUUGAUCAAUGCUUGAUCGUCCUAUUCUUCACGUUAUCGCAGCGUACGGAUAUCACCGCAUCUUUCUUAUUGUGCAAGAUUUGUUCGCCGGCUUCUAUGGCGCUACUUCUUACCAUGUAUGUUUGCGGGUCUUGAACAUAGCUUUCCGGUUUCGACGGGCGUUGGCGUUUUUAGCAUUUCGCAUUUGUAGGAGUCUUUCAAGAUCGCGAGAGAGUACGCUUAUUAUGCACCGGUUACUAGGGUAUGAUGGGGGCGUUUGCAAGGACAGGCAGGUGUCCACAACAAAUAGGGGGAUAUGCAUGUAGCUGUUACUUCUACAUCUGCAAGCCAGAUUUUGUCUCAACAUAUCCAAAAUUGAGCUCGACUUUA